CGAGGGCCUAUCAGAAUGCGGGAGGAGAGGGAGGCGUUUCCUCGAGCGCCUCCGCCGGGAAGCAUGGGGUCCGGGAGCUCUGCAUUCCUGCAAAGAAGAGAGCUUCUCCGUGCGGGGCUUCUUUAGCCAGAGGGAUGCCCUUGUUAAUAACCUCUCGUUUCUGUGUGUUUGCAAAUGCCUAAAUUGACACUGCGAGUUUGCCGUCCUGUCACCUGAAGGCAGAACUCCGGGAAAUAAGCAAGCGCCGGAGAAGGAGGAGUUCGAACUUGACCGCGAGUCAGGUCCGUGACGCCGAGUCGGGAGCCUGGAUGGCAGCCGCGAGGUCUCUGCGUGAUGGACUUCUGAUAGUGAAAGUGGAGGAAGACUCCCGCGGAGGUCAGGAGCCCGACCCGCCGGGGAGCUGUCAGGAUCCCGAAAAGUCGCGACAGCGUUUUAGGCGGUUCCGGUACCAGGAGGCGGCUGGACCCGAAGAGGCGCUCAGCAGGCUCAGGGAACUUUGUCGCCGGUGGCUGAGGCCGGAGCUACACUCGAAGGAGCAGAUCCUGGAGCUGCUGGUGCUGGAGCAGUUCCUGAGCAUCCUGCCCCAGGAGCUUCAGGCCUGGGUGCGGAAGCACAGCCCGCAGAGCGGGGAGAUGGCUGCGGCGGUGGUGCGCGCUCUCCAGGGAGCGCUUGUUGGGGCCUCCGCCCAGGAAUUGGUGAAGGUUGAGAAUGUGGCUGUGUCUCUAACCUGGGAGGAGUGGGACCGUCGGGAUGCAGCUCAGAGGGACUUCUGCCCGGAGAGUGCACUGAAGGAUUGUAGAAACACAGUCUCGCUGGUCUCACAGAAUUUGGAGACCAGAACCGAGAAGAAAGAAUUUAUUCCAAAGCAAGAAAUCUUAGAAGUAGAGCCACAGGGGCAGCUACAAGAAUGGUCCCCUAGGCUGGCUCCCCUGUUUUCAGAGUGUGGUGAUACCCACGCAAACAGGGUAGAAGAGCAGUCAGGACAUUCCUCACCACUGAAACUUGAAAAUUCUCCUGAAGAGGAAGGACUCACUAGCACCUCAGAUCUCAAGAAUGGUCCCACAGAAGAGAGAGACUCCAAAAAUAAUGGAUUUGGAAACAGUGCCCGAAGUUCAGACUCUGUUCCUUGUCACCACCCCCAGACAGCGGAGAGGCCCGUUAAUGGGAACAAACAGGGAUACGGUUGUAAACUGAGUCCAGACAUGUUAAGACAUCAGAUGGUGAAAGCUCACAACUCUCUUGACAGUGAGGAACAUUCCCACAGGGCAGGUCUUUCUGAGACCCGGCAGCAGUUCCGUGAAGAAAGACCUUAUAGAUGUGAUCACUGUGAGAAGAGUUUCAAACAGCGUUCUGACCUUUUUAAACACCAGAGAAUCCACACGGGAGAGAAACCCUACGAAUGCCAAGAAUGCAGGAAGAGCUUUAGUCAGAGUGCCGCCCUGAUUAAACACCAGAGGACACACACAGGUGAAAAGCCCUACACCUGCCCCAAAUGUGGGGAUAGCUUCAGGCAGAGCUCACACCUCAACCGGCACCAGAGAAUUCACGUGGGAGACAAACACUUCAAGUGUAAUGAGUGUGGGGAAACCUGCCGCACUGCCAACCGUUUCAGACACCAGAGGAUACAUAGAGGAGAGAGACCCUAUACAUGUGAAGAAUGUGAAAAGAGCUUCAAACGGUGCUCUGACCUCUCCAAACAUCAGAGAGUCCACACUGGUGAGAAGCCGUAUGGGUGUUCUGUAUGUGGGAAGCGCUUCAGUCAGAGCGCAACCCUCAUUACCCACCAGAGGACUCACACUGGAGAAAAGCCUUAUAAAUGUCUUGAAUGUGGGGAAAGCUUUAGACAGAGUCCACACCUUAUCCGACACCAAAGGAUCCACAGAAAUAAAGUCCCACUGUUUUGACAUGCC